AUGCGUUGCUUCACCAGCCUCGUUCUCGGCCUGCUGGCCCUGGAGGUGGCCCUUGCUCAGAACCGACAGGAAAAUGUCUUCAACUUAGUUCAGUCCCUGUGUUCUAAAGCCAGCAUCAGUGAGAGCACCGAGUGUAUCAACAACCAGGAUGAGAAGUGUGCCCAGAAUCCCAUGUGUUGCUCUGGUUCCUGCAUCAGUACCUGCAAAACUUCCAUCAACACUGAUGUCCCCAAAGCUGGCUGCUGCUCCUGGAAUCCACGCCUGGUGAUCCCUAAUGAGCGAAACCCAGAGAGCCUAUGCUCCAGGAACAGUGAUUGUCCUGACAACAUGAAAUGCUGCAGCUUUGGCUGUGCCGUGAGGUGUGAUAUCCCACGAGCAGGAAGCUUCCUGUGCUCAGCAAAGAUGGCGCCUGCCGGGAAGAGGAGAGCGGCGUGGACUCCGGCUGGCAGCGCUCAGCAACCUCGCUUCCGGCGGCGCGGAGAUGACGUAAGGAGCGCGCCGGUCCGCGUGGAGGCGGUGCGCUGA